UAGUCUCCCCUAGACACAGACCACAGCUGUGCCUAUAGUUUAAGGUUCUUUCGUCAACCUCUGAAUAACACAGCCUCUACUGUAUCAUGACGAUGUCCUGUGAUCAACUUUUGUUACAGAUAGCGCUCGGGGUAAUGUCGUCUUGACUCCGCUCAGGCAAGGUUUCAACGAUAGUGCGGUGCCGCAGUUUCAUCCUGUUUCAUCACGAAGUUGGUCGGAGUUGUGUCUUACUUCGUGAUCUAUGGGAUUGAAAAUGUCGAUCAAAGCCAACAUACUGGCCAUCUCGCAGGCUUUCCUUGCUCUAGAUUGGCAACUUCCGCUGUUUUCUCCUGUGACCACUACGUGUGCACCCAUCGUUGACUUGGGCUAUGCUCAGUACCAGGGCUCAGUGGACACAGUUACAAACAUCACCAGCUUCCUUGGAGUGCGGUAUGCAGCUCCUCCACUUGGCGACUUGAGAUGGGCUGCUCCGCAGCCUCCACCAACUUUCUCUGAAGUUCAACAAGCUACCACGCAACCAAAUGAAUGCCACCAAGCACCCCUGGGAAGUGCCCCGACGAAUCUUUUUGAAAGCACCUCUUUGAGCAAGACGGUUGUCAGUCGGCAGUCGUCAGAAGAUUGCUUAUUUCUGAAUGUAUACACUCCUGGAAGUGAAGUAGUGGUCGCUCCCUCAGGUGGGCUCCCAGUAGUCGUAUGGAUUCACGGAGGAGGGUAUAUUUCGGGAGCUGCGAAUUUAUACAAUGGCGCAGAGCUAAUCAUGAAAUCGAAACACGGAGUUAUCACUGUCGUGCUCCAGUACCGCCUCGGUUUAUUCGGUUUUCUUGCUGGAGAAGUGGUCAAAGACGGGGGUGUACCCAAUGCAGGACUACUUGACCAAAAUUACGCUUUACAGUGGGUCCAGGCCUACAUAAGUAGCUUCGGUGGAGACCCAACGAGAGUCACGAUUUGGGGUCAAUCUGCUGGCGCUGGUUCCGUGCUACAGCACAUUUUCGCUCAUGGAGGAAACACGCAGCCUCCUCUCUUCAAAGCUGCUAUGACAAGUUCCAUGUACUUGCCUUCACAAUACAACUAUAAUGACCGAAUUCCGGAGAUGCUGUACAAUAUGGUCGUGAACGGGACAAACUGUACUUCGAGUUCGGAUACCCUAUCUUGCUUGCGCGCUGCAGACGUCAAUACGUUGCAAACCUUAAAUCAUAACAUCAAUCUCAACGGAUUCUUUGGCACAGCCACCUUCGUCCCUGUUGUGGAUGGCGAUUUCAUCUUGGAUAGACCCACUGUGAUGGUCAGCAAGGGUCGUUUGAACGGCGAUUACCUUCUUGCGAUAACAAAUUCGCAUGAGGGCAACAUCUUCGUGGACCAAUCGAUGAUCUCAGAUAUUCCAGAUUAUGUCAAGACGUUGUUCCCAAACUUCGGUCCUGUCCAGGCUGCUGGAACAGCGAUGAUGUACCAGAAUCAGGGAAGCAGCGUCGAUCAGGCAAAACUUGUGAUGAGUGAAUCGAUAUUUGUUUGCCCAACUUAUUAUCUGCUCGAAGCAUUUGGAGAGCGAGCAUGGAAGGGAGAGUUUGCGACUCCACCUGGCCUGCACGGAAAUGAUAUUGCAUACUACUUCAUUUCGGAUUCAGAAUCGGAUGGUCCUGCUGCAUACAACGAUCCCCAGCUCAUCACUGCUUUCUCAAACUCAUUUAUGGCGAUGGCCAUGUACGAGACUCCUGACCGCAGAUACGACCCUAGAGAUAUCACACCUUCCUGGAAGUCUUGGCACCAUGGUUUCACAGAGAUGAUCUUCAACGAGACAUCCGUGGGAGUGCCUCACGUUUACACUUCCAAGACCGAGAAGGCCGUGCUCGAGCGUUGCGCCUACUGGCGAAGUGUGUCGGCGUACUCGGCGCAGUGAUUGGAAGUUACGCUCUGGUAUCUGUGUCAACUAGAAAGAAAUGU